UUUCAAUAGCAAAACAGGCAUGAAAAAAAAAAACAAAAUAUAGGUGCAUUUUCAGAAGCAUUAGUGUUUUGUUUAUCCAUACAUAAUCUAACCAUACAAUUUUGACCACAUGAUAAAAUUUCCAAUGUCAAUGAAACAUAAUGUUAAUUUCCAACAGACGCUCCAUCCACUGAGCUACAGGCGCUUGUUGUUUGAAAUAUAUAAUGUUAAUUUAAUUAAAGGUAAAUAUUGAUCGAGUUCCCGCUUAUGAAAGGUUCAAAAUCAAAAGUUCAAAACUGAGCUAGUGCUUGCAAAUGCAAUUCGGAGAGAGAUAGAGGAAGAAGAAGAAGACGAUGGCAGAGGAUCCAAUUUCAAGCUUCUGCAACGGCUUAGCAUCGUUCUGCAACCACCUUCACUCCACUUCUCAAGCCCUCAAACAAUCCAUCGAUCGACGACCUAUUCCUCUCGAUUCCGCGUCUUCAACCUUCGUGCAAUGCCUCAACCGCCGCGUAUCGACGGCAACCACCGACCUCGACCUGCUCGAUUCCAUGUCGUUCGGCACCGUAUCUCUCGAAGAGCUUCUAGGUCACUGCAACGAAUUGUACAAGAAGAAUCAAACCGAUCUGCUUCAACUCGAAGAUCAUCUCAAGAGCUACGGCUACGUUCCCGAUGUUGAGAUGGAGGAGGAUGAAGUUGAGGAUAUACGACCUCAAGGUUCGGAAGAUCGAUCGGAUAGUGCGUCUUCUUUCUAUGGAUCGUUAUCGGUGGCUGAUUCUGGCUUCAAGAGUUUCGAAGAAGAUGCACUACUUGAUGAAUCUUUGAGUUUGAAAAGGCUUGGGCUAUCAGAUGCAUGUCUAGCCACAUUAGCAUCUGAAGAUAAUUUGUCUCCACGGGAACCUGAGAAAGUACAAGAAUUUAAGCAGCAGCAGCAUCAACCUGUUCUGGACAAAAUGGUGUCAUCCAAAAGGAUGAACCUCUUAUCUUAUGAGGAGGACAAGGAGAACUUAAAGUCAGCUGAAGCUGCCAGUUCCAUGUUGAAGAUACAUAACAGUGAAUUCGAAUGUCUUCCCGGCUACAUGAAGGGUUUAGCAUCAUGGGAGGAUCUACUUGUUGCUGUUGAUAAGAUCAAUUCAAGCCUAAGCAAGAAAACAGACGGAUGCAACUUCCUCCGUCAAGAUGAAAUUCCUUCAUUAGAAUUAGGUCCUAAAGCAAGAUCAUACUUGCUGCUUUUAGUGCGGAUGAACCGGUUGGUUGUUGAGACGAUUGAUGGUUUACUAUCAUACAGAGUAUUGUAGAUAUGAGAUGCAAUGGAGAUUUAGGUUUUUCAUCGGGUCUACCUUUUUGUUGUCAUUUGUGUUCCCAGUAGAACAACACAGGACAUGAAAACGUCACAUAUAACAAUCUCAAUCAUUAAUCUUAAUCAAUGGUUACAAUUACUUUCUUUAA